AUGGAUACCAUCACGUGCGAUACCGUGGAAUGCGCUCGGUCACGAAAGAGAAGUUUGUUUCCGGAAGUGGAAAUGUAUACCAAUGGGUUGAUGGAGGAAAAUGGUGGGACAACUGUCGCAUCGGCAGUGGCAUCAACAACUACCAAUACAGCAACGCUAGAUCUCCCUUCACAGCAGCAGAACAGUUAUAUUUUCGGAGUUACAGAUGAUAAAUCAGAAAGUCCACCAUCACUGAAAGAUGAUAAAAAUACGGGGGUUGCUUCCAGUACGAAUACAGGGGGAAAUGAAAUAAAUUCAACGCGAUCGCCAAGUCCAUUACUUGAUGUCGGAAUGAUACCAAGUGUUGACAGUUCUCUUUGUCCGUAUUGCGGCAAACAAUAUAGAAAGCCUCGAGUAUUGGAUUGUCUUCAUUCAAUGUGUGAAGACUGCAUAAUAGCCCAGCUGGAUGGACGACGAGAGGGUGAAUCAGAGCGUACAAAGACCGCACUCUCGAUAGAUUUCGAACUAGAAAGCACAUGUGAGAUGAGACCAACCCCGCCGGGAGUUAUUAGGUGUCCAACAUGCCAUCAGGAAAGCCAUGUAGGAAAUGAUGUCCGAUUUGUGAAUCAUCUUUUGCUUGAUUUUGUUCGACUGCAUGAAGUUAAUGGUAUAAGCGCUGUAAAAGGUGCACGAACAUGUCGUGCAUGUAAGAGUGAACAGCUUGCAAUGGCCGUAUGCAAGCAAUGUGCAAGUGAUUUGUGCAAGAAUUGCUAUCAAGCACAUCGUGAUAUGAAAUUAUUCGAUGGACAUACGGUAUUAACGUACACGGAAUUGGCACAGAAUCCGUCGGAAUUGCCCCGUGAUCCAGUGAUGUGUGUGUUGCAUCCUCAAAUGCCGUAUUCACUUCUCUGUGCUACCUGUGAGUCACCAAUUUGUGGACAAUGUCAUGCAGAGCAUGCUGACAUCAGACACCAUAAUUUAGUAAAUAUUGAUGAAACAGUUGCUAAUUUGGUCAGGCUAGAAUUGAAGGAUAUUGCGAAUGGGGCAGAAGCCAAGUCAAAAACUGUGGAAGCUGCUUGUAAUUCUGUGCCAACUCGCCAGCGCGUCCUUACUGAGCAGUAUGAAGUAAUUAAAGCAGAAAUAGAAGAUACCUUCACUGAGUAUCAUAAAGCAUUGGAUGUAAUGAAGGAGCAUUUGUUAUGUAAACUGGACAAAUCACGUGAUGAUCAGGAAACAGAUCUGAAUAAUCUAAAUCGACGAGUUAAUGUUACUACCGUAAAAAUUGCUGAUGCUGUUGCUUUUACACAUCGAAUUGUGGAAAAGGGCUCAGCAGUAGAAGUUUUGGUGAGUCGAGAGAAAAUCCGUCAGCAACUGACAGCUCUUACACGCAGUAUUCCUGAUAUGAGUAGUACGACAGAACUUACAUUCAAUAAGACUCCAUACGUCCAGUUUUGCAAUAAAUUGAGCAAUAUUGUUGGUGAUAUCAACACACGAUUAGUGUCGGAUGUCGGAAAGGCAGAUGUGAUGAUAUCGUCGCUGCUAUCAGAUUCAAAUUCCGUGAAACAACUUAAUGCAAUCCGUGCUUAUCCAUCAGAAAACUCACCAACGCAAACAUCAGCAUCUGGAAGUCUGUGUACAACACCCGCCCCUGUUGGACUAUCUCGUGGCCCGGGAGCAAUUGGUAUGGAGCGUCGUAAUAAGCCAAACACCACUUCAACAAGCAGCUCAGUUGUAGAUUUUACCGAUGGUUGGCCACCAUCUAGCAUACCACCAGAACCAAGCAGUCCUUCCCCAACUGUUGAUUUUCAGGGAAAGAAAAGUUCAUUAGAGAACAGUGGCAGCUCGUCUUUUUAUAGUUGGCCACCAAGUUCAAAUCCACAGUUAGAAACACGUGUCACUGGUCCAUCUGCGCUACCACUUCCACACGCUCCAGUUGCUAGUUUGGCUGCUGGAAAGCAGUUGCCCAUUACAGCAAAUAAUUUUCUGAUGCCACGAGGAGUGAAUUCAUGGGUGGCACAAACGACUGCUUUAACUGGUGCAGCGACACAACUGGCAAAUACAGCAUUCCCAAUAACAGCAGCUGCAGCCGCUGCAGCACGACAGCGCUUGGAACCAUUGCUUGAUCCUGCGACCAUUCGUUUAAUUUCUCAGCUGGACACCGCUUCCCUUGCAUCGUUGCAAUCUGCAUUUGGUCAAACUAUCCCAGCACUUGGUCGUCAGUCGCAACUUACUUCACCAUUGGAAGCAAUUCGUCCCGUUGGUGUGGCUAGUCUUUUGGGUGAACAUCAUUAUGUGCCUAUAGGAAUACCGCCAGCAAUGCGCUCAUCUGCGAAGAAUAACGCCAGUGCAUCGGAUUUGUCACUUCGAUGCUCAGUUGGAGGAGUGGGAUCGAAUCCCGGACAGUUUGGCUCACCACAUGGUUUUUGUCUUGGUCAUAACGAAGAAAUCCUCGUUACGGAUACAAAUAAUCAUCGUAUACAGAUCUUUACAAAGAAAGGUGAAUUCAUCAUGCAUUUUGGAAUCGGUGGCUCCGAAGAUGGUCAUUUAUUUUAUCCAAAAAAGGUGGUAGCAUUCAGAUCUCGAAUGGGUGAAGGAGGCUACAUUAUCGUUGACAAAGGUGAAAAUAAGGCCAGGCUACAGUUGUUCUCAAAGCGGGGUGACUUUAUUCGACGUCUUCAAACUCCUUAUCUCGAGUAUGUUUCGGCAUUAACGGUAAAUGAAGCAUCACAUCUAGUAGUAUUCAGCAGCUCGGUAAUGAUGUUCAUUCUGGAUAUUGAUCUUUUGGAACCUUUGGUGCUUAAAUGGAAUGAUUGUACUAAAGCAAUUGGCGAACCAUCCGAUGUAGCUGUUUUUCGAGAUAGGUACUAUGUUACCGAUUACAAGAAUCACUGCGUAGUUGCACUCAAUAGUGAUGGUGAGGUGCUCUGUCGCUUCGGAUCCUUUGAAAGUACUCCAUAUCCAAUCGGUGUUGAUGUAUCAACAAAUGGUGAUGUAUUGGUGGCAGAUUCCCAUGGCAAUCAUUUUCAUAUUUAUUGUUGCGCAACUGAUGGGCAACGGUUGCAGGAAUUCGAGUGUUCACAGCUGAAGGUUUCGCGUUGUGUGGGACUUCGUUUAACGUCGGAAGGCUUUCUGAUCUCAGUAUCGAAGCACAACCAUACAUUGCUUAUCUUCAGUACAGUUUUCGUCAAUCCCCCAGCCUCCCUUUAA